AGUUGUCUUAAGUCGUUACCGAGCCACAACUAGGCUCGGCCUACCCGUUCAUACACUUCUAUAUAAAUAAAGAACAAGACCAAGACGUUGAAACCACUACUCCGCGUAUCGGCUUUCGAAGAGUGAGGAUUGUUCGGUUUCGUAGACUUUACUGAAGCUAAUACGAGCAUAUCAGAAACUUGCAGCGACUCAAGAGCUUUUGCCCAACUAGGAAUGGGUGAUCACCUGGUUUUGUGUGUUGAUCGCCUCAUUACACUUGAAUCCUUGCAAUCUUUGGAAGGAGCUGAUUCUCCAGUAUCAUCUGGUGAAGGUUCUUUUAUCCAUGCCAGCGACCCUUCCACUUCCACCACCAAAGACGUGGAGAUGGGGUAUGAUGGUGUAUCAAAUGAAGAAGAACCACUCAUUCAGAUGGUGGAGUGCCGCAUUUGUCAGGAGGAGGAUAGCAUUAGGGACCUGGAGAUUCCAUGUGCAUGUAGUGGUAGUUUGAAGUUUGCUCAUAGGAAAUGUGUUCAGCGAUGGUGCAAUGAGAAAGGGGAUAUAACUUGUGAGAUCUGUCGUAAGCCAUACCAACCUGGUUACACAGCCCCUCCACCUCCAUCAAACUCUGAAGAUACUACUAUUGAUAUUAGUGGCGGUUGGAUGAUUUCUGGUACUCCUUUGGACUUGCAUGACCCUCGACUUUUGGCAAUGGCAGCGGCAGAGCGCCAUUUCCUGGAUGCAGAGUAUGAUGAAUAUGCCGACUCAAAUGCCACUGGAGCUGCAUUUUGCCGCUCUGCAGCUUUAAUUUUAAUGGCUCUUCUACUGUUGAGGCAUGCUCUAAGUAUCAGAAAUGGUGAUGGGGAUGAUGAUGCUUCCACUUUUUUCUCUCUUUUCUUGCUUCGGGCUGCUGGUUUUCUUCUCCCAUGUUACAUUAUGGCGUGGGCAAUCAGUAUAUUGCAGCGUCGAAGGCAGCAACAGGAAGCGGCAGCACUGACAGCAAAUGAAGUUGCGUUUAUGCUACAGUCAGGACAACAGAGAGGUUUGCAGGUCACAAUAGCACAGGGACCUGCAGGGAAUUCCCAUGAAGAGCCCCGUCAAUAAUAUAUAACUCCAAAAGGUUGUAAUAUUUUACAUAUUGCAGGCAAUGGCACAAGGAAGGCUUAGUAUGCAACCUGUUUAUUUUAGUUCCUUCAAUAUUUUCCGUAUGCUUAUUAUAUACAUUCACAAACCUGGGGCCUCGGCAUCUCAGGGUACUACAGCAGUGAUCGGUUGCUGGUCGAGAAAUUUGUGUUGGCAGAUUAUUCCUGCAAAUGAAUAUUAAUAUUAUUUUGAAUUACCUUGGAUGUUUAAA